GAGGUCCGCAGCCUGACGCCCGGGCGGCGGCGGAGGAGAGACUACAAGUCCCAGGGGGCGCGGCGCUGCCGCCUGGAGGGCGGGGUGUAAGAAAGAGGAGCCCGGAGGGUGCUGGGCCUGGACCACAGGUCUGCAGGGCUUUGCUUAGGCCCAUGAACUUCAGGGGAGCUGACCACUGACCACCUACGGUGGGCAAGGGCCUGAUGUUAGUGGCUCCCACCCUGGAAGGGCAGGCCCUGCACUCCUGCUCCCCACAUGGCACUGCAGCGUCUCACCCUCCUGGCUGGCCUUCUGGUGGGAGUUGCCAGCAAGUCCACAGAAAGCAUGCCCCAGGAGCCUGAGUGCUGUGUGGAUGUGGUGGACAUCAACGCCACCUGCCCGGGUACAAGUCUGUGUGGCCCAGGCUGCUACAGGCACUGGAACGCAGACGGGAGCACCAGCUGCCUCCAGUGCCAGAAUGGAACCACUGUGGCCCACAAUGGCUCCGAGUGCAGAAGCCUUGCCGGCCGGGGCACGCCAUUCCCCAUGAACAGGAGCACAGGGACCCCUGGGCGGCCACAUUUAGGGGGCCCUCAUGUGGCAGCCUCACUCUUCCUGGGGACGUUCUUCAUUAGCUCGGGCCUAAUCCUCUCUGUGGCUGGGUUCUUCUACCUCAAGCGCUCCAGCAAGCUGCCCAGGGCCUUCUACCGGAGGAGCAAAGCCCCAGCCCUGCAGCCUAGCGAAGCUGCUGCGAUGAUCCCCCCACCUCAGUCCUCAGUGCGGAAACCACGCUAUGUCAGGCGCGAGCGGCCCCUGGAUAGGGCUGCAGACCCCACUGCCUUCUCAGUGGAGGCCCGCAUCAGUAACGUGUGACCCAGAGGCACCUGACUGCAAGACCCUGCUCAGCAGACACU